UUUCUAAUGUUUAUUGAGACCAACGUGACGUCAAUGUCGAUUGCCCUUUGUGUUCACUUUGUAUUUUAUGCCAAACAGAGAGUUCAACAGCAACUGGAUCAACUGAGCCGAUGACGGCAGCAUCUGCAACUCAGCCACUUGAUACACAGACUUCAUUAAGGCCGACGACGACAACACUGGCAGCAACAAUCGCUGCAACUACCACGUCGGUAACACGUAGAGGUGAUCUGACGUCAUCCUGGUAUAAACACAUCGCUCAGAAUAAAGGAAUCAAAGAAUGGAGCAUCAUCGAGCGACACAUGGCGUCGACGGUGAUACGGUGUGCGGAUCUGUGUUCGACCACGGAGUCGUGCUCAUGUUUUACAUUCAUCGCCGACGAUGGUGAUUGUCUUCUUGGGGAAUAUGAUCCCAGAGACGAUAUGAACACUCAUCCUGGAGCCACCACAUUUGUGACAAUGUAUAGAGGAUAUUGAAGGUUCAUCUAUUGUAGUAUACACCAUACCGGGAUCCACAUGCCCCUCCUAUCUAUGUCCCAGUUGUAUAUUGUUAUUUAUCCCCCUCCCUCUUUUUUAAACAGAUUUGCUGCCCCUUUUGAUUUAUUAUUCUUUUGCACCAAAAUUCUAGAAAAAAAUACCAAGAAUUCGGACUUUCCUCCUUCACUGUGAUUUUCUGUGACAACACUCAUUCAUUUAUUUUUCAUAUUUCUAGUUUGAUAUUCAGUGCUUCACAUAAUUAUAUAAAUGAAAUAACCAAUAAUGCAUAAUAUAUACUUACAGACAAAUGAAAAUUAGGAACAUAAUCAUACAACCCUUCAAUUUAUGAAGUUAAAGCUUAAUUUAAGUCAGAGAAAUGUGAUGGGACCUACAUGAAAGCAAGCUUGUAGAAUUGCGGGCCCCGAUGAAAUAAGUUGUAUAAAGUAAUGAAUGAUAGAAUACGGAAAAAA